GGCGCGCCACAGGUAAAGGGGCCGGAACCUCUGGCUGUGGCGGAGGUGGGGUCCAGGAGGGCUCGGUCCCCGCCCGGGACCGGACUGAGGAGCUACCGCACAGACCGAGCGGGCGUAUCAGGACCCAACAGAUCGAGGCAGGCGAUGGCUAGGAACGGGCCUGAGGGCACAGGUCCCAUGCAUGUGCCUUUUGGGCAUAUUGUGGCCAACCAGAAGUGGCGCGGGUCGCAGCUUGUGCAGGGGAUGCAAGGGAAAAUUAAAAUCGUUUUUGAGGAUGGCCUGACACCGGUAGAUUUUUACGUGUCAAGCAGAUCUUGCAUUGUUUAUGUCACCGAAGCUGAUCUGGUGGCAGGAAAUGGCUACAGAAAGAGGCUUGUUCGGGUUAGAAAUUCCAGUAGUCUUCAAGGGAUGGUGAUAGUUGAGAAAACACGGAUGAGUGAACAAUACUUCUCAGCCAUACAGAAGUUUACUGUGCUGGACCUUGGGAUGGUGUUGCUUCCAGUGGCCAGCCAGAUGGAAGCCUCCUGCCUUAUUAUCCAGUUAGUUCAAGAACAAACCAAAGAGCCCAGUAAGAACCCUUUCCUCAGUAAGAAACGGACUCUGAUCCCUGAGCUAUCCCUCCUUCGAACUGUGCAGCAAAUCCCAGGAGUUGGAAAAGUUAAAGCCCCGCUUCUGCUUCAGAAGUUCCCAAGUAUCCAGCAACUCAGUAACGCUUCGGUCGGAGAACUGGAGCCAGUGGUUGGCCAGGCAGUAGCACAGCACAUUCAUGCCUUCUUCACACAGCCCGGGUGACGGCUCUUCCCACUGCGAGGAGCCACAUGGUUUCCUUCGCAUAUUUAAAAUUGAGGACAAGGAAAUCUUUCGCUGCAACUAACAAAAGAUGAGGUGAGGCCUGAAUGGAAGCUGCCGGUUGCCCUGCCCUGUUCUCUGGGUUCAGGCGUUUAAGACCGUGCAGUUAGCAGGCUCCAGGUAGCACGGUCCUCAUCAUGCUAGUGAAAGAGGGCCCGUUGGGAGGCACCUGGCUGGCUCAUAGGUAGAACAUGCCACUCCUGAUCUCGGGGUUUUGAGUUCGAGCCCCACAUUGGGUGUACAGAGUACUUUAAAAUAAAAUCUUUUAAAAAAAGAAAGAAAGAGAGAGAGAGAGGGCCCGUGGGAAUGUUCCUAAGAGAGUUUAAAUAGGGACUCUCAAAUUCAGCAAAAAGCCAGCCUGGGCAGACUUUAACAUACCUUGACCUUGACUCGCAUGGAAAAGUCUAAUCAAGUUUAAGGAGGUAGAAGUGACCUUCUAAAGGAAGCAAACCUACAAUGAAGUGCUGUGCUGUGUACCGUAAGCCCCUUGUUCCUGGUGGCAGGCCUAGUGUUCUUUCUAUCGCUGGUUUGAGGGUGCUGCCAGUGUAAAUAAACAAUUGUACAGCCUUUCUUCUUCCUUUCUUUCCCCUCCCUCCGUCCUUCUCCCUUCCUGGUAGCUACAGUUUGUUUAUAGCCCCUGAGCAUGCCUUCUGAACACAGCCUGGAGUGGGGGGUCCCCUUUAAAGUUAAAAAGCCAAUGUGUGUGAGAGGGGUAAAGAAU